AGGAGGGCCUGGAGCCGCAAGGGUGCCCGGAGCGUGCACGGGAUUUAAAAGAGAAGCGUGAUGGGAAGCUGACCCGCGAGAGCAGAGGUGGGGCACAGGCUGAGGGGCGCGGGUCAGGACGGCAACGGAUGCAAGAUGGGAGAAUAGCGGCUGUGCACAUUUGGCUGGCACUUGGCAGUCUUCUUCCUUUUUGAUUCCCCUAAUUUCCUCUUUUCGCUGAAGAAAGCGAGGUGUCCGCACGUCCGGCCGUCCAUCCGUCCUUCCCUCCUGAGGCCGGCGCUGACCAUGCCCAGCGGCUGCCGCUGUCUACAUCUCGUGUGCCUGUUGUGCAUCCUGGGGGCACCGGUUCAGCCUGCGGGAGCCGAUGACUGCAGCUCCCACUGUGACCUGGCCCACGGCUGCUGUGCGCCCGACGGCUCCUGCAGGUGUGACCCAGGCUGGGAAGGGCUGCACUGUGAGCGCUGCGUGAGAAUGCCUGGCUGCCAGCAUGGGACCUGCCACCAGCCCUGGCAGUGCAUCUGUCAUAGUGGCUGGGCAGGCAAGUUCUGUGACAAAGAUGAGCACAUCUGUACCACGCAGAACCCCUGUCGGAAUGGUGGCCAGUGUGUCUAUGAUGGGGGUGGCGAGUACCACUGUGUGUGUCCACCAAGUUUCCAUGGACAUGACUGCGAGCGCAAGUCUGGACCCUGUGAACAGGCAGGCUCCCCAUGCCGGAAUGGUGGGCAAUGCCAGGAUGACCAGGGCUUUGCUCUCAACUUCACCUGCCGCUGCCUGGUAGGCUUUGUGGGUUCUCGCUGUGAGGUCAAUGUAGACGACUGUCUGAUGCGACCUUGUGCCAAUGGCGCCACCUGCCUGGAUGGCAUAAACCGCUUCUCCUGCCUCUGCCCUGAGGGCUUUGCUGGUCGCUUCUGCACAGUCAACCUGGAUGACUGUGCCAGCCGUCCGUGCCAGAGAGGGGCCCGCUGUCGGGACCGCGUCCAUGACUUUGACUGUCUCUGCCCCAGCGGCUAUGGCGGCAAGACCUGCGAGCUCAUCUUACCUGUCUCAGAACCCGCCACCAUAGUGGACAUCCCCUUGGGGACCACCUCGGCUCUGGCAGUACCUGCCACAGGGCCUGUCCCCCACAGCGUGGGGGCGGGUCUGCUGCGCAUCUCAGUGAAAGAGGUGGUGCGGAGGCAAGAGGCUGGGCUAGGUGUAUCUAGCCUGGUGGCUGUGGUGGUCUUUGGGGCCCUCACCGCUGCCCUGGUCCUCUCCACAAUGUUGCUGACCCUGAGGGCCUGGCGCCGGGGUGUAUGCCCCCCUGGACCCUGUUGCUACCCUGCCCCACACUAUGCCCCGGCAUGCCAGGACCAGGAGUGUCAGGUUAGCAUGCUGCCGGCAGGGCUCCCCCUGUCACCUGACCUGCCCCCUGAGCCUGGAAAGACCACAGCACUGUGAUGGAGGUGGGGGCUCCCCAGCCCCCACCUUC